ACUUUUUUGUCACUUUGUGACCUUGCGCGAAUUCGUGUACGCUCAGUCGCUAGGCAUAGUCAAAACUUUGGCACGAUCUCGGUAUUAUUUAGAUACCACAAGAUCACCAACAACUACAUUAUACUACAACCUUCUUUUUCAUUCAGAUAUUUGGCUCACGGAAGUAUCUAACUUUGUAACUGGCACAUAGUUUCCUGUAGUUGUGAUCAUAGUCCACCGAAAUUCGACGCCAACUACAUACCAAUCGUUUUACGGUGGUCUGAACUACAAGUGCCCAGUAACCUCAGUCAGUGGAACAUACUACUGCAGCUUUGAUCUGAUGUUCGGACGGUCUUUUUUCUUUUUCUCCAUAUUAAUAUUAUGCUGGUCUUGCUUAUUCAUCAAUUUGCUGUCUUUAAGCUAUUCAGUUGCCUUUGAAGUUAGGUCCUUUGUUCACAAUGAUAAGGUCAUCGAUGGUGGUGCUCACAAUGUUUUCUGGUUCGUACAUAUUACAGAUUUGCAUUUUAGCGAGUUCGGCUCUAAAGACAGACAGAUGAACUUCUUUGAGUUUUGUUCCACAUACAUUCCUGUAAUCCGACCUGAAAUUGUAAUCGCGUCAGGUGAUAUUACUGAUGGCAAGGGUAAGACGUUCUCGUCGUCUUCUCAAAAUCCGGAAGAAUGGAGGGAUUAUUUGUCACUUCUGGAACAGUCUGGAGUACUUAAUUUAACUAGGUGGUUUGAUGUACGGGGAAAUCAUGAUAGUUUUGGCGUUCCAUCGUUUGGUGGUGAUGGUGAUUAUUACAGUCGAUUUGGUGUAAGGGGCCGAUUUUCAUUUAGGUCAAACAUAUUCAAACUUGUAAAACCAUAUGGUCAGUAUUCCUUCAUAAGUAUUGAUUUAUCUACUGAACCUGGAUUGAAAUGGCCUCUUAAUUUUUUCGGUAGUUUUAACUUGAAUGUUAAAACACAGUUUUCAAAGUCGAUUGAUAAGGCUAAAGAUAGUAAUCAGACGUUUGUAUUUGGACAUUAUCCAACUUCCACGGUUGUUUCAAGUGAUUCUAAUCUGGGUUCAAUGAUUGGGGAUAAUGCAUUUGCUUAUUUAUGCGGUCAUUUACAUACGUUGUUUGGAUUGGCUAAGAAGAUGUAUUUUCUGCAGCCUCAAGGUUAUUGGGAAUGGGAAUUAGGUGAUUGGCGUGAUAAUCGUUACUUCCGAAUUGUGGCUGUUGACAACGAUUUAGUGUCGUUUGUAGAUGUGAGGAAAUUCUCACUCAAUGACUCAAACAAAGAAUGGCCUAUUAUUUUAAUCACAAAUCCUAAAAACGCCAACUUUUUACUCCCAAGAAAAGAACCAUUUCAUAGGAUCGAGUUUUCUACACACAUAAGAAUUUUAGUUUGGUCACUAUCGCCUAUUCUAAGAGUUUCUGUGUCAAUCAAUGGCAUUCAUCAAGGAUUCGCUGAACCAGCCAAAUCACUUGAGAGUGGUAAUUCAACACCUUUAUAUGUACUUCCAUGGAAUACAUCUCAGUGGUCAGCCAAUCCGUAUUCAUUUCACGUGAUUGAAGUCACAGCUAAGGAUGCCAACAAUAAUCAGCGUACAGUUGUUCAGUCGUUCAGUCUUCGAAAUCGUGCUGUUUAUCCUAUUGGGUUGGUGUCGAAAUUUUUGGUUGCCAAUAGUUUGUCAGUUCUUCUUUCUGCACUUUAUUAUACUUUAUGGAUAACAAUAUUCACGUUUGUGGUAUCACCGAUUUUAAUUCGUCGUCCAAACUUACUUGUACAUCUGUUUCGUACAAGAAUUGGUAGGGGUAUGUACCUGAUGUCGUCAACCAAAAAACUAUUAUUACCUAUCUUAGUGUUUAUGGUGUAUCAGAUUUCAUGUCCACUGUUCAUGGGUUAUCUAGUAGCUGAUAAAUUUGGCUUUGUUUUCUCAUUUGGUAUUUAUAUUGACGGUAUUUACAUACCAGAAAGGCUGACUUAUUUGCUUGCAGAGGCUCAGCUAUUAUGGUUUGGGUUAUAUCUGUUGUUCUUUACUUAUCAUUGUGGUCAUCGACAGUAUGAUUCAAUUUAUCCAUUGAAUAAUGGUGAGCCAUCGGAGAAAUAUUCAAACAGUGUUUAUAAAGAUGAUAUUCACUCUAAUACGUUGCAGAUCCGUCUAUCAAAACUUUGUUCUUCACCUUCUUUGCUUAUUAUAACAGUUAUUUACGUAUCAAUUCAAUUGGCUUUUAAUUUUAUUUUUGUUUGGCUAUCCUAUGGUUUUGUAGUGGUGCUUUUAAGUCCAGGACCUGUAAUCCCUAUAUGCGUUGUAUGUAUUUUAUAUAUCUAUUGUCCACGACCUAAUCAUGUAAAAUAUUGUAUUCAGUAAAUGUUCAUUUCUUUCUUUUUCAUUUUAUACUAUUUAAACGUUUGCUUAUUCAGUGAUGAUAUAUCAUAUUUUUUUCUUGUAGUUAAAUGAUAUUUAACAGAACACAUGUUUUCCCAAAACUGUGAUAAACAUACAUUUGCAUUAUUUAUUGUAUUAUCAUUUGAUUGGAUCCACUAUGUGUAGUUCAUUCAAAGCAGAAAAUUACUUACAUGAAAACAAAACCGAUAAGUAAUCAGCAAUAAUUAUGACUUUAAACAAUGUGCUACUCAAACUAUUAGAUUUAAAGAAAUAAAAUUACUUAACACUGAGUAAGUUCGAGUCCCAGAGUGAACAUCAACUCUGAGAUGCAAGCACAUCCAGCUGACGAGUCCCAAAUUGGACGAAACGCGCGUCCUGGAUCCCACUGCUAGCCACUAUCCAUCUUUACUUACCAUGCUUGUGAAUUAGGCUAUAUCGAGGCAAUACGCACAGUAUGCACAUAUGCCAA